AUGGAACGCAUGUGGCGCAAGGUUAAUCAUAGUUUCGGUGGUCGCUCCUCCAAAACAACAUCCGGCACACAAUCGGUGGACACAACGGGCUCAGGCGGCGGGUUUUGUGAUGGCAACAUUGUUACAAUGGCUGUUGCGGGAACGACCGCAACUGGUGGAGGCAGUGCAGGCAACUUGCCAUCCAGCACGGCCACUGGGCGACGUUUAGCCGCCAGUGGCCAGAUUCCAGUCCCAGUCCAGACAAGCAAUAACAGCGCCCAACAAACUGCCAUAGAGGGCAAUCAUGUGGUUUCGCCAUGUCCAAAAUCGCUAAGCCAACACGUGCUUCAUAACAGCCAAGCAUCCUCCGACCGACGUCGGAGACGUCGACGCAAGAGUCGCCCACGACGGAGCGGUGUUAGCUGUGUAGGCGGAGGCGGUGCGGACAAUAUGUCAUCAUCUGGUGGAUUUUACACAAUAAAAGAGUCUUCUGAUGGCACAAUGGGCAAUCACCGACAUCAUCGCCAACCAAGACUUUCAUCGAGUCGCAUUAUGGCUACAUCAGCGCCCAGUGGCACCGUAAUGAUGUAUCCCAACACAAAUCGAACGAUGGAUACGAUGUCAUCCGAAAUAGCAACAAGACAGACAACAGCAGCAGCCGCAGCCGCAGCAGCAACGUCAGCUACUCCAGAUAUUUCACUGCGACAGCGAGCCGUCGCAAAGCUACGCAUGUUCAAUUUUCAUCUAAACUGGGAUUUGCACAUGACUCAUUGUAAGCCAUGCGGCCCGCGCAUUGGUGGCGGAAGCAGUGGUAAUAUAAUAAUGCGUCGUUUGUGCAGAAACAGACGUCACGAGGAUAAUGAGCUUUAUCGCUCCAACAGCUUCAAAUUCGAAAGGUUUGAACGAAAGGAAUGCAUCGACGAAUUGACUGACACGAUGAAGAAGCAGAUUGCUAUUUGUGACGAUUAUAGUUUACCAGUUGACUUUGUUAAGAAACGGCCGUCCAGUUUUGAUCCAUGUUUAGCAGAAGCUUUACCAACAAAUCCCGUAAACUGGGCUCAUCCUAGUCCGCAAACAGAAUUCAUUGCGUUGUCCGAACCAAAAGAAAGUCAAUACCAAAGCCAACAAACAAAAUCGCAAGACUUGGAAUCGCUUCCACCACCACCACCACCAGCACCGUUGUCGACAUUACCAACAAAUAAAACAACAUUGAGUAUUCCCUCAUCCACUUUUGCCCCAAACAACACACUUCCUUCUUAUCAACUAACACACAUUGACUCCCAGUCCAACAACUCACAUUCCAUUCAAUCGAAGUCCCAUAACCCCUACAACAAAUCGCAACCACAACUCUCUCUUCAAUCCCAUCCGCCUCUACCUAAUACAAUACGGCACGCUUCAAUCAAACUAAUCGAAGGUUAUUCAGAUCCUAAGGACUCAAAACGUCAGAAAAAACUUCAUCAUAAGAGGGCAAAGCGGCGAGUGAACAAAAAUCGGCGAUCUCAUCAUCAGCUGAGCUCGCCUAAAGGCCAAGAAAAAGCUAAGCGUUCAAACUGUAGUUCAGAUUCGUCAGGACCCAAGUCAUCAGAUGAUGAAAACAAUCAAUCAAUUAAAGUUCCCGAGCUUAACUCACCGGACAGCAUUUCCGAUGACCUAGUACACCCAUUGCCAUCACAAUUAUACCGUAGUCCUCGCAAAUUAGUGGUUGCACCACCAGAUACAAGCAAACGGAAUCCGUCGCCAUACUACUACUCCGAUCUACUUAAAUCGAAAGACAACGAAGUUGGAGUCAUAGACAAGGAAACCAAGAAUAAAAGUCGCCAAUCCACAGUUUCCGAACCACCGCAGUCGACGCAGCCAUCCAUAAAUGAUGUAGUAGGUCCCUAUCGUAAGAGUACAAGUCUAGACGCACCAGAAAACAAGGAGCACGAUUUCGAUAAAAUUGAACUGAUUGAAAAUACCCCACUGCAAGCAGCUAAUGAGACACCAAAACGCUAUUCGUUUACAGAGGAGGGAGUGCAUAUAAUUCGCUGUGAUUCGCCAACAACAUCAACUUCAGAGGAAUCGGACUGCAGUGAGUGUCAAAAACGGCGUCAGUGGCAUGCAAGGGCAUUGGCUUUAGUUCGCAAAACCUGCAAUAUACAGCCAAUAGCCGUUGGUGCAAACCCAAGUACUUGCAAUCACCAAACUGAGGAGACAAAAACUUUGCCAAUUAUAGAAGAUAACUCGUCGAUGCCGCCUCAUAAAUUGUUCGGCCCGGCUAUUUGCGCCUGCGUUGCACCGACAAUUGGGGAAGAUAUCGACGAAUUUUUUCGACCACGUAGCAUUUUCUACGUCCAUCCACAAGGCGUGCAUGAGUGCUCAGACUGCAUUUCAAAUGUAAGCAAUUUAAACUCGUCCACUGCAAACGUAUUUGAUGAACAAGGUCCAACUCAAUUAAAAAGUGCAAUUACUUUGCUGGACGACGACGAAAUGUCUGGCCGUACGCGACAAUUAUAUGAGACUGCUUUUGAUUGUAAAAUAGCCAAAUCGGACGAUGACCUCGAUGAAGUUGAUCGUAUAACGAACCACUCUGUAUUAUUUCAGCCAAACAGUAGCACUGGCGCUGUCACAAAGCCUGACACACGUUCGAAAAAAACCGGUCAUGUAAAAUCUCGGCUUGAAGGCAAAAGACUAAAAAACUCUAAAAACCACGCAAUACAAGAGCAAAGUAGCAACUCGGGUGGAAAUGCAAGUGGAAGUGGAUCGCCACUUGCUGCUCUUCCUGCAGAGGUGAAUCCCAAAAAGGAUAGUGACUUCCAAAGCAAUGUUUCUGGUAUAACAACCGGCAUUGAAAAAGUUCUUAUUCGCAGUCAAACUGUUGACCCAGAACCUGAUGCAGCAUGCGCCUCCACAUCACAAUUACCUAUUCGUGGAUAUACACCAUCUCCGCCGUCAACUGCACCAUUGCCUAUAAAAUUUCCAGGAAAACAUGAUCGUUUCCUAAUGAAUAGUAUAAAAAGCGCUCCAAACUUACCGUCUUCGAAUCCAGCCCAUCCACGUUUACGUGACUUACGUCUUCCAUUACAGUCUUCUUUGCGCCAGCAACAUCAGCAAGCUCUGUCAAUAGGUACCAGUAAUGAGAACAGUCUUACCGAUAGCGCUUACGUAAAUCCACCAUCCUCAACAUCACGCAACAUUCAUAAUAUUCCGCCAUCGAAUAUUGCUAGAGUUCGUGAUCGACCGCGCUCUUUUGUUAUUGAAUCGGGGCGAGUACUAGAAUUGCGAAAAAGCCACGUCUCUCACCGCCACCAUGUGGGAAAUGGCGGUCGAAGGGCACAUAAUUACUCCUCGACCGAAAGCAUUGCCACAUCGAGUAGUGGUGGCAGCAUGGAAUCUUUACGCUCGAGUACCAGUGAAGGAAACCGAAGUACUUCCAGUUCAGAGUCAAGGAACUCAACCUCGUUGAGUUCACAUAGCUCUGAAUCUGGUAGCUCGAGCGUUGCGCUCCCAUUACGAGCGCCCGUUGUUGUCCACUCUAAAUUACAUAUCUUAAGCCCAAUCUCAGACAAGUCUUCCCAAGAACCAGCUUCCGAAUUGUCCGAACAAAAUAAGACUCAACAUACCUCCCCUGAGGAAAUCACACAACUGGCCCAAUUGACACAGACACAACAACAAACAAGUUCAAACGCUUCAGCGUCGAACAUCGAAACUAUCAGACCACAACAACAAACGCAACCCGAUAUACUUAAGAAAAAGAAACCCCCACCCAAUAAAACGCUCCUACAUUUAGCCGAUGAAAUAAUCGGUUCUGAUAGUGGAAUCUCACUGCAUUCAAGAGAAGACUCCAAACUAAGUGCCGGUAUACAAAAGUUUACACUUCCGAAGCUUAAUUUUUCACAAUCAGACAAAGCAAAUGAGAGCAGCACGAGCGCAGCUGUAACAGCUGCAAAUUCAUCUGGGGUACCCCAAGACUUGCAUGAUUUACCUUUCGAUAUGCCAAAAUUAAGACGAAAAAAGAACCUUCAGCAGGAGACCUGUACCUCGGGUAGUGCCACAUCCGUGGAUUUAGGAGACCUGCCGUUCGAUAUGCCGAAGCUCAGAAGACGACUACGCACGAAUCAAAUAGAAAUAGGCAUUUUAUCGCACAGUACCGAAUCUAGCGGCUUAUCGCAAGCGUCUUCAAGCCAUUCGAUGAGGGAUGAAAACAAGAUCUCUAUGAAGUUGGAUGCAGCGAUAUUUCGUCAAAAUUUAACUUUAAAUUUAAAUGAGCCUCGCCAGACUAGCAAAUUUGGUAGUCUAGAUUUACGAGGCCUUUCAACCAAUAAAGAACUUAAUCUAAAUAUAGCACAGGGCUAUACAUCAGCUGUAGAUUUGAUAGACAUUUCCAUACCACUCGAGCGACAAGGUUGGUAUCACGGCGCGAUUACCAGAAUCGAAGCGGAAAAUACGCUGCGACCCCUCAACGAAGGAAGUUUCUUAGUUCGCAAUUGCGAAUCCACCAAGCAGGACUAUUCACUCUCAUUAAAGGGCGCUAAAGGAUUUAUGCAUAUGCGCAUACAACGCAAUGAAGCUGGUCAAUAUAUUCUCGGUCAAUUCAGUCGUCCUUUUGAAGCAGUUCCCGAAAUGAUAAGACAUUUCUGCCUGAAUCGUUUGCCGGUAAGGGGAGCGGAGCAUAUGUGCUUAAUUGAACCAGUCAUUGUACAGCUGUUAUAGGCCUUCCUACUAGAUUUUCACACAUGAUUUCUGGUUAAAUCCUAUAUGCAUAUGUACAUACAUACAUACAUACAUACAUAUGUGUGUUUACGUACAGUGAAGCCUUUAUGAAUUCACACGCAUAAAAUUAUAUUUUACCGGCAAGUAUGUAUGUAUAAAGCAACAGUGAAAGUUAGACAAUACAAUUUAAAAUCAUGCAUGCACAUGCAUGUUCAUCUAUACUUAUGUAUGUACAUAUACAUAUACAUAUACAUACAUAAAUACAUUUGUCUCAAAAUGAGCUUGUGUUACGAGCACCUGGAGCUUUUAUUUGUACGUAGCAUAAAUACUCAUGUAUGUAUGUAUAAAAACUUAUGCGCUUAAAUUCUACAUACCCACAGACAUACAUGCAUAUGUAUGUACAUAUGUAGUUACCUAAAAAAUUGGUGGGUACAUAAGUACAUAUGUACAUAAAUCGCCAGUGGCAAAUACUUAUACAUACAUACAUACAAACAUAUGUAUAUGAAUAGGCACCUUGGUAUGCAUAAAUUAGAAACAUAUGCAAAAUCCUACAUACAUAUGUAUGUAUGUAUAUGAUAUGCACUAUUUGCAUAAAUGCUAAAAUGGAAUAAAUAGUUAUAGAGGCCAUUUAAACAGCUAUACGCGCAUACAUAUGGAUGUAUGUUUGGAUGUACAUUCUUAUACAUAUAUGGAUUAUGCACAUAUGUAUAUACAUACAUACACAUUUACACACACAUAAAACGCUUGAAACAAUUUGUUAUUUGUUACUAAUUUUAGUUUAAGAUCACCACAAUAAAAACGUGAACAGUUCACUGUAGAUAUAAAAUUGUAAAAUUUCACACAUACAGACAUACCGUGCAUAAGUUUGGUUGAGCAGCUCAUAGAGCAAGAUUAACUUAAAUAUUUAGCAAUUCACUAUACAUACUUACAUAUAUUUAACUCAUAAAAUAUGAAAACUACAUACAUAAGUAAUCAAUCAGCUUAGUUUCUGGUGCAAUAUUCUUUUACUUUUUUUUAGUGCCAAACAUACAUAUGUAUUUAUUUUUAAUGAUAUUUAUUCUACUGAUAUUUCAGUCUAGAGUUUGAAAAGUGCAAUAAGAUAAUUAAUUUAUUACUCAUCCUAUUUAUUUUUUUAAAUGAUCAUUCAUUUACUUGAAAGAAUUCUAUGAAUGUAUUUCUAGACUUGAUUAUUAUAGAAUUAAAAUUUGCUUGACGCACUUAACCGUAUUAAGUUCAAUGUUAUUAUGCGAGGGUGCCAUUAUAAUAUUUUACAUCUAAAAAUGUAUUCCGAUGGUAAGAAGAUCUAAUCAUAUAAAUACAUAAUUAACUUUUUAACAAAAAAGCCGAUUGUAUACAUACCACAUACACAAUUCUAUCCGUUCGCCGCACCCUAAAAUAAACAACGUCUCAGAAUAAAAACAAAAAACUACACAUCGAUAUAAAAAGUUUGUACUUAGAAUACAAAAACACACCAUACAUACAUACUAACUGCGUAUAUUAUUCGAAAUAUAAUAUGUACUUGGUAUAAGUAUCAUAUCAAUGCUAAAAGGUAUACAUACAUACAAUCUAAAAGAAUAGUAAUACAUACAUACAUAUAUAGAAAGGUUUCGUUGACAUUACAUACAUAUUAUGUACUACGCAUUGAAUCUACAAAUGCAUAAUGAAAUCGUUUCGAUAAAAUUGCUAGUAGAAAUAGUGAUAUUAGAAUCAUAAGUAUUUUCAGUUUUGUAAAAGCAUGUAUAGACAGACACAGACAGGCACAUACAGUGACAGUAUUUUCCUAUACAUUUUAUUUUAUUAUUUACAUACAAUAUUUUUUUUCGGCAACCGAUUUAAAGAAGAAUCAAGUUGAUAAUUGUUUAUUCAAUACAUACAUAUGUACAUAUUUUUUAAAAAGAAAUCCUUCUUCUGUGUAUUUACUCUCUCUAAUAGAGCAAAAGCUUUUGUAAACAUAAUGCAAUACACAGUAAUAUGUAUGUACAUACAUACAUAUAUAUGUAUAUUACUGCUACUAUAAUACAUACUCAUAAAUAUAAAAAUACAUAUUUGAAAAAUAGUGUCGUAUAUUUAGCCAUAGAUAUUCGUACUAGAAAUAAAAAUAUACCAAAAUCA